AUGAACAAUUACCGGCUCAGUAACGAUCAAACCACGUUGCAGCACCUUGAGAACGCUUCCAAUGCAUUUUCAGAGUAUUUGACUGCGUAUAUUGAGACCUUGAACAAGUAUAUCGGACAUCAACGUCGAGUCUCCACGCUGCGAUUCGAAAGAGCCACUCUGAUCAAGCAUGUGAAGAAACUGAGGUUCUUCAACGAGCAAUUGGCCACGGGUGACUUGUGGCAAGAUAACAGAUACCGGAACGGAAAUUUGGGCUUUGUCGUUUCCUCGUUGGCCUCGUUUUUCAUCAGAUGUCUCGAGGUCGUGGAUCUCUUGAACUACUACCUAACACAGGCGUUGAAAAACGAGACCAUUUCCAAGACCUUGAACAACGACCUGGUGGUUAGUGACUUGUGCAUAGCGGUCAUCGAAAAUUCGUAUCGCCAUUAUGUGAAAUACACCCAGUGGAUGCUCGAGGCGAUAAAUUUGCACGAUCCCACGUUGACCAUCGAAGUGUUGCAGUUUGCCCGGAAAUGUGCUAAGGAAGACGGCUUGAACGUCGAAGAAACGGACGAUAUCUUGCUACAAGAAGUCGACAUCGUGGGCGAUAUCCACGAAUAUCGUUAUCUGCUGGACGAAUGGUGCAUGGUGCUCUCCGUUCAACGACAGGAGCUCACGCGGGUUUUUGAGCUCGAAACGGAGCGUUGGAGCCAAGUCUUCGAGCCCAAGAAGUAA